CAUUAUUUGUUGAGAGCAAAGCUCUCAUUUCUCUCAAGCUAAUCCAUUCCUCAAUCUCUUAUCUUUCAUAGUUGGAAUCCAUAAGCAAUGGCACAAUCAAGAGAUAGACUCGUUAGAACAGUUGAUAUAGCUCAAGUCUUCUCUCGAACACGAUCUGGGACUUUGGGCAUCUUCUCAGAUGAAUCAAGGGAGCUGUUAGUCUCCCCUGUUCCACAACGUGGUUCAAUGGGUGUCGGUGGAGGGCGCCGCAGGGACAGCAGUUUUGGCACCCCGAGAUCCGGUAUUAGAGAGGGAAGGAGUUUUUACCGAUCUCCGGCCAUGGGAAGAGAGAAUACUCCGCUCAUAGGCCGUGCAAUGGGUCGAGGGACGGGCAGUAUGUUACCGUCUUGGUAUCCAAGAGCUCCUCUCAAUGAUUUUACUGCUGUUCUGAGGGCCAUUGAAAGGAGGAGAGCUCAUACAGGAGGAAGAGAAGGCGUGGCAAUUGAGACCCCAAUAAUACCUGAGGAUGUUAAUUCAAACGUAUCAUCAGGUUUCUCAACUCCAGCUUCAACAGCCAGAUUGAAGAAGCCAUGCUCUCCAUCAGUCCAUAAUGUGUCAAAUAUUUUGCUUAGUGUCACAAACAUGGAUACUGAGGAAUCAGAGCUUCUUACACCUCAAAAGAAACUCUUGAACUCCAUUGACACUGUAGGCAAAGCUGUCAUGGAGGAACUACAGAAAUUGAAGAGGACCCCCGGUGCCAAGAAAGCAGAAAGGCAAAACAAAGUCCGCACAUUGAUGUCAAUCCGCUGAUCUCUACCGCAUUGUGACAUUGGAAAGAUAGAAUCAGUGAGAAUAACUACAAGGCUAGAGAUUUGCAAACCACCUUGCAGUGGACCGGCUAAGGCUGGCUGGCUGGCUUAUCAUCCUCUGAUGAUAUGUUUACACUCUUCAAACAUAGUCUAUUACCAGAUAGCAUAGACGAUUUCAAUCUUUCAUUUUCUUUAAUGGGUUGCCUUUGCUAGAU